UCUCAUCCUCUAGCUUCUUCUCUUCUUCUUUCUUUGUUUGAAGUUUAGGCAUUCAAAGGGAUUGAAUCAAAGGCGAAAAGAUUUCAGACCAGAUCUGAGCCUAUCGAUUCACUCAUGGAAAAUUCUCAAUACAUUAGGUUUGACAUCAUGCCUGAAUCUCCAUUCGCUGAGAUAAAUUUUCGUAAUGAUUCUCUUCCCUCGGAAGCCAGUGUUCUUCUAGCUUAUGAGAAUGUGAAGGAAAAAUCUUUGGAAACUGAUUCUUGUAAAGGAUUUAAUGAUGAAGAAGGGUUUACUUCAAAGGCGAAAAAGGAGGCAGGAAAGGAAAAGAGGUACAUAGGGGUAAGGAAGCGGCCAUGGGGAAAGUAUGCGGGGGAGAUACGUGAUUCCACGAGGCAAGGAGUGCGUGUAUGGCUCGGAACAUUUAGUACUGCAGAGGAGGCUGCUUUGGCUUAUGACCAAGCUGCGUUUGUGAUGCGAGGCGAAUUGGCUCGCCUCAACUUUCCUUCAGAGGAAUCGCUUCGUGACGUGAAGACGAUAAAGUCCAGCAGCUGCAGCUGCAGCUGCAGCUGUGAGAAUGGUGGGUCCUCCUCCUCCUCCUCUUCCUCCUCCUCCUCCAACUCCCCAACAGCAGCAGCAGCAGCAAAUAUGUUGGUAUUUGAGUUUGAGGACCUAGGAGCUGAUCUCUUAGCUCAUCUUAAAGACCUACUCAUGGAACUUGACUCAAUAAUACAUCUCCCCUCUCUACUAUGCACUUCCAUAUCAUUCAUGCCCCUCAUACUUACAUAUAUCUUGCUCAUCACCUAUUACAACAUUACUAUAUAUAUAUAUUGUAUAUGCUCAUCUCAUGUCUAAAAUUAAAUAAAGCAAUUACAUUAUUUCUUCUUGUUACUUUUACCUAAAAAACAAAAUUGUAUAUCUAUACCAAUUUAAAUCUAGGGCAAUUGUUUAAGUGCUCAUAGAGAGGAAAAUUAUGUGAGCGAGAUUUCAGAUUCAAAUUUAUGGAGAAAUGUUGACUUGUCUUAUGGUCUUGAUAUGCACAUGAGUGGACUUGUAAGUAGAUGCCAACAUAGUUCGAAUGCACUUUUUAAACUAUAAUGCAAUUUUUACAAGACCUUAUCAAUUGUAAUAUUCUUUCGUUUUAACAAAAUUAUUCUUUUUGAUAAAAAAAUAAAU